AUGGAUAAAAAAAUCAGAGAAUCUGAAGAAAACAAUGAGCGUAGAUCAAGCUCAUUGAAUGAAUUUAUGAAAUUAAAUCAAGAGGCAUCGAAAUCGACAUCCAACAAUCUCAAUGAUCUAAUUCAAUCGAAUCAUCAAUUGUAUAUGAAUAAAUUUAGAGAUGUUUCAAGUGAAAUCGAUGAAAAGGUUAGUUUAACCGACCAAAGAUUAAAAUCCACUGAAAUGUCAUUGGAUAAGAAAUUCUCACAAUCUAUAAACUCAUUAGACCAACGUAUUCGUUCAAGUGAGAAUAUAAUUGAACAAAAGAUCAUAUCGAAUUACUCAUCGUUGGAAUCACAAUUAAGCAUCACAGAGAACAAUCUCGACAAGAAGUUAACCUCAUCAAUGAGCACAUUUGAUCAAAGAUUAUCCAAUAUUAACAACCAAUUAGAUGGAAAGAUCAAUAAUGGUAAUCAACAAAUCUCAUCACGUUUAGAUUCAUCAGUUACAAAGUUAUUACAAACCGUUGACCAAUAUUCAAAAGAUAUUAAAUCCGAAUUCAAUUCAAUCAAUGAGAAAGAGCAACAACGUGUAACUCGUAUAUUCGAUAAACUGGUGAACGAUUUAUCAAGUUCAACCCAAACAUUUGAUGAAUCAAUAAAGAAAUUAAAUGUACAAUUCGAGCAAUCCCUAAACAAAGAGAGAGAUUCAAUUCAAGAGAAUACAAUCUCAAUGAUCCAAGAACAAUGGAAACUCAAUUUCUUACCAACUGUCAAUGGUUUAUCAUCCAAUUACUCUAGAAAUGAAGGUAAAAGAAUCUCUGAAGAUUUAACAAUGUUAAUUCAAUCAGAGAUCAACCAAAUUCAAUUCCAAUUUGAAAGUAAAUUAAGAAGUGAAUUACAAAAAUUAAAAUUUGAAUUAAUUACCUUGAUCAAUCAAAAAUCAGAUUCAAUUUAUAAUGAACAAAAAGAAUAUCAAAAACAAGAACGUCUUUUAAGAGAAGAUGAUAGAAAAUAUAUAGAAACUUUAAAGAUUUCAAUUUUCUCAUCAUUAAAAGAGGCAAAGAUUGAAAGAGAUCAAUUAUCCAAUCAAAUCAAUUCAUUAUUACAAGAUAAUAAAACCAUUCAAAUCAAUGCUGAACAAGCUGAACAAUUGGCAAGCACAAAGAAUGAUCAACUAUUGAAAGCAAAUGAUGAAUUGUUGGCACAAUUGGAACAAUCUAGAAAACAACGUUUAUUUGAAAUUCAAGAAUCAGAGAAUAGAUUCAAACAAGAUAGAGAACAAUUAAUCAAUGAUCAUAAACAACAAGAGAAAUUAGAACAACAAAAGAGAGAUCUCGAAGAGACUAGAAUCAUUGAACAAUUGAAACAAGAGUCGGAACAACGUAAAAAACAAUAUGAAGAUCAUUUGAAAGAAAGAGAAUCAGAGAGAGAGAAAGAGGUUCAACAAUUAUUAUUAAAACAAAAAGAAGCUGAACAAUUAAUUGAACAACAAAAACAAGAUCAACAAAAGCUCAAACAAGAGAGAGAACUUGAAAUUCGUAAACAACAACAAUUGGAACACCAAUUGGAAGAGGAGAGAAAACAAGAACAAAAGAAAAAGAAAGAAUUGGAUGAUCAAGAAUGGAAGAGAAAGGAACAACAAUAUCAAUCUGAUCUUCAAUUGGAAAAAGAGAAACAAUCUGCAUUAGAGUUGGAACGUGAACGUGAAAUUCAAUCAAUUCUUGAAUCAGAGAAACAACGUCAACAACAAGUUGAACUUGAAAUUCAACAAGAAAAAGAAAGAACCAAACAAUUACAACAACAAUGGGAACAAGAGAAAUUGAAAUUGGAAGAGGAAAGAAAAGAAUUGGAAAAUAAAAAAUCAUUGGAAAUGGCUCAAAAGAAACAAGAACUAUUAGAGUUAAAUAAAAAGAUUGAACAAGAACAACGUGAUCUAGAAGAACGUAUUCAAAAAGAACAAAAAGAAAAAGAUCAAAGAGAAAAACAAGAUCAAUUGGCUCAAAUGGAAUUAGAAAGAGAAAGAGAAAGAGAAAAAGAAGAAAAAAAGAGAAAACAACAACAAUUGGCUCAAUUAGAAAAAGAAGAAAGAGAAAGAAAUGAAAAACUUGAAAAAGAUAGACAAUUACAAUUAGAACAAGAAAUUGAAAAAGAAAGAAAAUUAAAACAACAACAAAAAGAAAAAGAACAAAAAGAACAAAAAGAAAAAAGAGAACAAAGAGAAAAAGAAGAAAAAGAAGAAAAAGAUAAAAAAGAUAAAGAAGAAAAAGAAAAACAAGAAUUAAAGAAAAAACAACAACAACAACAACAACAAAAAGAAAAAGAAAAACAAGAAAGAAAAGAAAAAGAAGAAAGAGAAGAAAGAGAAAAAGAAGAAAGAGAAGAAAGAGAAGAAAGAGAAGAAAAAGAAAGAGAAUUAAAAUUAAAACAACAAAAGAAACAAAAAGAAGAAAAAGAAAAAGAACUAAAAUUAAAACAACAAAAAGAACAAGAAGAAAGAGAAGAAAAAGAAGAAAAAUUAAGAGAAGAAAAAGAAAAACAAAGAAAACUUGAAAUUCAACAAGAAAAAGAAAGACAACAAAAAGAAAAAGCUGAAAAAUUAGAAAAAGAAAAAUUAGAAAAAGAAAAAGAAACAAAGAAAACAAGAGGUGGUUCAUUACCAUCAGUUCCAGUCAAAAAACAACAACAAACUCAAAAAGAUGAUAGUGAUGAUUCAUCUUCUGAAGAUGAAAAACCAAAAUCAGUUGUUGUUGCUUCAACUAAAAAACCAGAACCAAUUGUUGAAUCAUCUAAACCAUCAUUUGUAAAGAAACAACAAAAUAAACAACCAGAACCAGAACCAGAAGAAGUUAAACCAAUUGUAAAGAAAUCAAUUCAACCAAAAUCAGAUUUACAAGAGAAUCCAGAUGUUGAAUGUGAUUUAUCAAAUCCAGAAUUAAGACAAAUUUGGUUAGAUGUUAGAGAUGAUGAAACUAAUACCAAUUGGAUGUUAAUUGGUUAUGGUGGUUAUAAGAAAACUUUACAACCUUAUGGAUCAGGUUCAGGUGGUUUAAAGGAAAUGUCAAAACAUUUGAAAGAGGAGGUAUUGUAUGGUUAUUUACGUGUUAUCUAUGGUGAUUCCGAUAGAAGUAAAUUCAUUUUCAUCACCUAUGUACCAGAAUCAUUAAGUGGUAUCGCCAAAGCCAAAGCUAAUAUGCAUAAACCUCAUGUUGAUAAUUUCUUUAAAUAUAAUCAUACUCAAUUCCAAGUGAUGUCAAUCGAUGAAAUCUCUGAUGAUAUCAUUCAAAAUAGAUUAAAACAAACUUCAGGUGCAAACUAUGGUAAAGGUACCUCUCCAGAUGAUACAAGUAAAACUGAAAACUUUAAAGGUAUCAAAGAGAAUGCAAAAGUUUUCUAUCAAGGUACUGAAAAGAAAGGUAAUUUCAGUAAAGGUGGUGGUGGCGGUGAAACUAUCUCUUACAAUAAAGGUCCACUCUCUGUAACACCAUUAAGUUUAACUGGUCGUGCUGGUAUCACUGAAAAAUAUAUUAAAUCAGAUGUUAAACAAACUAAUAACAAAGAUGAUGAAGUAUUUGUUCAAGCAAGAAAAGGUGCUAAAUCUUCUUUAAAUAAAGAAAAAGAUAAUCAUAGUAAUAAUAACAACACCACAACACAAUCAUCAUCAUCAUCAUCGUCAUCAUCAGCUGAUAGAUCAAAAUCACCAUUAACAGUUGUUGUUAAUGAUGAUAAAUCUGAAUCUGAAACUGAAUCAACACCAUCGAUUCCAUCAAAAGCAAAUUUAAAACCAGUUUCAAAACGUUCAGCUACACCAACAAGUGAUAUAGAUAGUACAAAUAGUGAAUCGGAAUCAGUGGUUAAAUCAACCACCAAAAAACCAAGUGCUGGUAUAAACGCUGGUGGCAAUGAUAAACCAGUAUCAACUGGACCUGAUAGAUGUUUAUCAUGUCAAAAACUUGUUUAUCAAGCAGAGAAAUUAUCUGCUGAUAAUCGUAUUUUCCAUAAAAAUUGUUUCAAAUGUUCAAGUUGUGGUUGUCAAAUGAAAUUAGGUAACUAUGCUAGUAUGGAUCAAAUUUAUUUCUGUAAAAAUUGUUUCAAAAAGAAAUUUAAAGAAAAAGGUAACUAUUCUGAAGGUUUUGGUAAAUUAAAACCACAACAACAAUUUAAUUUGAAAAAGAGUGGUAGUGGUGGUAGUUCCAAUGCUGAUACAGAUGAUUCUGAAGAUGAAUUUCAUCAAAGAGAAAAAGAACAACAACAAAAAGAAAAGGAUGAAUUAAAGAAAAGACAAGAAAAACAAUUAGAAAAAGAAAGACAACAAGAAAAACAACAACAAUUAGAACAAAAAGAGAAAGAUCAAAAAGAGAAAGAUCAAAAAGAAAAAGAACAAAAAGAAAAGGAACAAAAAGAAAAGGAAAAAGCCAAAAAAUUAAAACAACAAGAGCAAAAGGAAAAAGAAGAGAAAGAAGAAAAAGAAAGAGAACAAAGAGAAAAAGAACAAAAGGAUAAAGAAAGAGAAAAGAAAUUAGCUGAAUUUGAAAAGCAACAAAAAGAGAAAAAACAACAACAACAGGUCGAAGAAUUAUCUUCAAAACCUGAUGAUGCUUCAUCAACUUCAAAAUCAAAUAUUGGUGCUGAUGAGGAUGGUUUCUUAUCUGAAUAUCAAAAGAAAAAGGAACAAGUUUUAAAGGGAAAGCAAUCAAAUUCAAAUAAUCGUUCAUCUCCUUCCUCAAAGAAAUUCACAUCAUCUUUAUUUGAUAUUACAACAUCAACUGAUGACGAUGAUUUGUUCAAUUAA